AUACAAUAAUACAUUAUGUUGUAUGGGUCAAAAUAGAUUGGUGCUCAAAUGUCUGGGAUUAAUCUAGAACUAAUCUAGGACUUGUCGAUACGAAAGCUUAUCGUGUAGGCCGGCAUAUUAUGACUCACAUUCCUUGAACAGCUGACAUCAGAUAAUGGGGAAGAGCAGUUCAAGUUCUGACUCGUCCGAUUACGAGUGGAAACACCUUCCCAAGAAAGAGAAGAAACGCCUCAAGAAGUUGAAGAAAAAAGCCAAGAAGUCUGGACACUAUUACCGAGGAUGUGUUGGACCUCAAGGUUAUGUUCCUGGGUUUCCAGACCCUAACCUAGCAUAUGGUGGGAAGCAUGAUAAACACGAUAAACAUGGAAAACAUGGGAAACAUGGUGGAGGCAUGGCAUAUCCCCCGGGAGCCGGCUACCCCGCCCCACCAAACCCUUCUUACCCACAGCCUGGAUAUGCUCCACCCCCUGGUAGCUAUGCCCCACCCCCUGGUGGCUAUCCAGCUGGUGCACCACCACAUGGAGGAGUGUACCCUGCAGGGCAGCACCCCCAUCAAGGCUUCACUGCCCCUGGACAGGCACCACCCCCUGGUUCCUAUCCACCACCACAGGGUGGAUACCCACCACAGCAAGGAGGCUAUCCACCACCACAAGGGGGGUAUCCACCCCCACAAGGCGGGUAUCCAUCGAAUUACCCUGGCGCCCCUCCGCCCCAUCCCUACUGAAGAGGAAUUAUACGUGUAGUUCAGUUACUGGAAUUCAUCGGCAAGCUGUGAUUCCUAGCAAUCUUCCUAUCUGUAUUAUAUAUCACAUAAUUAUUAACAUGAUGCAAUUACACAUAAUUUUUAUGAUUUUGAUGAUAUUACUUUUCAGUGCCUGUUUUUAGGGUACCGGGUAUACU